ACCUGUUCUUGCAUGAAUUAAAGCAGUCCUAUGCAAUUAAGCAAGCAGGAGCAGUCUCACUUCAGCGUUCCCCUGGCAAGGACCCCCUGGUGGCAACAUCCACCUUACCCAGGACAUGUACGGCAGUGCCAGGGCAGUAGGCCAUAUAGAGAGCAGCCCCGCACGGUCCCCGCGCCUGCCCAGGUCCCCCCGAUUGGGCCACCGGAGGGCCAACAGCGGGGGCGGGGGUGGUGCGGGGGGCAAGACGCUCUCCAUGGAGAACAUCCAGUCCCUCAAUGCGGCCUACGCCACCUCGGGGCCCAUGUACCUGAGCGACCACGAGGGCGUGGGCUCCACUGCCACCUACCCCAAGGGCACCAUGACCCUGGGGAGAGCCACCAGCCGGGCCAUGUACGGGGGCCGCGUGACAGCCAUGGGCAGCAGCCCCAACAUUGCUUCAGUGGGGCUGCCCCACGCUGACCUUCUGUCUUACAGUGACCUGGGCUCCCUCUCCAUGCUGCAGCACCACCACCACCACCAGGGGGUGCCGUCGGCCCUGCUGAGGCAGGCGGUGCGGAGCAGUGGGGGCGAGCUGCUGGAGAUGCAGGCCCAGUUCAGGGACAUGCAGAGGGAGAACGAGCUGCUGCGCAGAGAGCUUGACCUGAAGGACAGUAAGCUGGGCUCCUCCACCAACAGCAUCAAGAGCUUCUGGAGCCCCGAGCUCAAGAAGGAACGGAUCAUGCGGAAGGAGGAGGCCGCUCGGACGUCCAUCCUGAAGGAGCAGAUGAGGGUGACUCAUGAGGAGAACCAGCACCUCCAGCUGACCAUCCAGGCCCUGCAGGACGAGCUGCGGACCCAGAGGGACCUGAACCACCUCCUGCAGCAGGAGACGGGCCGGCCCGGGGACCACUUCUCCUCCAUCGAGCUCAACGAGGAGAACUUCCGCCGGCUGCAGGCCGAGCACGACCGGCAGGCCAAGGAGCUCUUCCUGCUCAGGAAGACCCUGGAGGAGAUGGAGCUGCGGAUCGAGACCCAGAAGCAGACGCUGGGCGCCCGCGACGAGUCCAUCAAGAAGCUGCUGGAGAUGCUGCAGAGCAAGGGGCUGGCGGGGGGCCGCGGCAUGGAGGAGGAGGAGCAGGAGAGGGCCCGGCGCAUCGCCGAGGCCGAGGCCCAGCUGGGACACCUGGAGGUCAUCCUGGACCAGAAGGACAAGGAGAACAUCCACCUCAGAGAGGAGCUACACAGGAGAAAUCAGCUGCAUCAAGACCCGGGCAAAACCAAGGCUCUGCAGACCAUCAUCGAGAUGAAGGACACCAAGGUAGCGUCGCUGGAGCGCAGCCUGCGGGACCUGGAGGACGAGAUCCAGAUGCUGAAGGCCAGCGGCCUGCUGAACACGGAGGACCGUGAGGAGGAGAUCAAGCAGAUGGAGGUCUACAAGAACCACUCCAAGUUCAUGAAGUCCAAGAUCGACCAGCUCAAACAGGAGCUGUCGAAGAAGGAGUCUGAGCUGCUGGCCCUGCAGACCAAACUGGAGACCCUGAACAACCAGAACUCGGACUGCAAGCAGCACAUCGAAGUGCUCAAAGAGUCUCUCACUGCCAAAGAGCAACGUGCAGCCAUCCUGCAGACAGAGGUGGAUGCUCUGCGUCUGCGUCUGGAGGAGAAGGAGUCCUUCCUGAGUAAGAAGACCAAGCAGCUUCAGGACAUGACUGAGGAGAAGGGCACCCUAACCGGCGAGAUCAGGGACAUGAAAGACAUGCUGGAGGUCAAGGAGAGGAAGAUCAAUGUGCUACAGAAGAAGAUUGAGAACCUCCAGGAGCAGCUGAGGGAUAAGGACAAGCAGCUGGGGAACCUGAAGGACCGCGUCAAGUCCCUGCAGACCGACUCCAGCAACACGGACACGGCGCUGGCCACCCUGGAGGAAGCGCUGUCCGAGAAGGAGCGGAUUAUCGAGCGUCUAAAAGACCAAAGAGAAAGGGAAGACAGGGAACGCUUGGAAGAGGUGGAGUCGUAUAAGAAGGAGAACAAGGACUUCAAGGAGAAGAUCAACACCCUGCAGCUGGAGCUCACAGAGAAGGAGUCCAACCUCAUCGAUCUGAAAGAUCAUGCUUCCUCGCUGGCCACCUCCAGCCUGAAGAAGGACUCUAAGCUCAAGACGCUGGAGAUGGCCAUUGAGCAGAAAAAGGAGGAGUGUAGUAAGUUGGAGACCCAGUUACAAAAGAAGGCCCAUGAGGUGGAUCACUGCGGCCCCAGAGGGACCUCGGACUACCUGGAGCGGGUGAGGCUGCUGGAGAAGGAGGUGUCCUACUACAAGGAGGAGUCGGUCAAGGCCCAGGCGGAGACAGAGCGCCUGCUGGACAUCCUGCGGGAGGUGGAGACGGAGAAGAACGACAAGGACAAGAAGAUUGCUGAGCUGGAGAGCCCCCCUCCUCCGUCCUCUGUCCCCCGCCCCGCCCCCCGUCCCGGGGGCAGAGCUCCCCCCGCCCUUGACCCCCCUGUGACCGCGCCUCCCCAGCAGAUAGGGGGCAUGGUGUGGGAUUUCCUGGGAAAACAAGGAGGCAAAGAGCAAACUAAAAAGGGCCCAAACAUUAAACUGGGAACCAAAGUGGACAAGAAGGGCAUGGGACAAGACCUCCGCAAAGACGGUACCAUGGACCACUUGAAGCUGGAGGAGCUGAUGGGCACUCUGGAGAGGACCAGGCAGGAGCUGGACGCCACCAAGCAGCGGCUCUCCUCCACGCAGCGGUCCCUGCAGGAGAGGGACGGCGUCCUCUGCAGUGUUGUCGUCCCGCAGCACUGCAUAGAGGGGGGGGGCACGGAGCGCCGCUCGCAGCUGGAGGAGAUCCUGGAGAUGAAACAAGAAGCCCUGCUAUCGGCUAUCAGCGAGAAGGAUGCCAACAUUGCCCUGCACGAACUAAAUGCCCCUAAUAAUAAGAAGAGCCAAGAGGAGUUGCUCUAUCUGAAGAAGGAGAAGGACAGACUGAUGCACCAGCUCAAACAGCAGACGCAGAGCAGAAUGAAGCUCAUCACUGACAACUAUGAGGACGAACACUACCACGCCAACAGCCCCCACGCCCCCCCGCCCCAACCCACUACCCCCACGCCCCCCAGCCCCUCUACCCCCACGCUCCCCACGGACAGCACGCCCAGCCCCCGGCCCAGCACCCACACACACAGCAGCCCCCGCCGGGGCACCCGCAGCCACACCCACCGCAGCACCCCCAAGGGCACCCACAGGGGCACCCCCAAGGGCACCCCCAAGGGCACCCCCAGGGGCACCCCCAAGGGCACCCCCAAGGGCACCCACAGCACACCCAACACCCACAACAGCACCCACAACAACACCCACAACAGCACCCUCAACAGCACCCACAACAUCCCCAACAGCACCCGCAGCACCAACAGCAAUACCCUCAGCAGCACCCUCCACCCCACCAGCGCCACAGGGCCUCACCCCCAGCACCCGCACCCCCAGCACCCUCCGCACGCACCCACACAUUCCCAGCACCCGCGACACCCGGCGCCGCAUCACCGCGGGGGGCCCAACCGCGGACCACCCCAUGCUGGCCACCGGCCCGCCCCCGACCAGGACGAUGAGGAGGGCAUCUGGGCAUAAUCUGUACCGGGACCACCAAAGCACCAGGAUCUGAAGGGAGGAUUGAGUCACUAUUGGAGGAGCACCGUUCUGCCAUGAUGAUAAAACACAUUGACUACCUGACCAAACCUUUAUUGAUUUCAC